GUGCACGAGAAGGGCAUUCUGUUUCCAGCCACAGCCGCAGCUCUGAUACCCAUGGCCUUGCCAGCGAGGCACGCGCCCAUAGCGGUACUGGCAGCAAGGCACUUCCAACUGGUGGCCCUCUUCUCCAUGUAUCCCUUGAUGGUCAAAGACUCUCUUGUCAUUCCCUACGCCUUGGCAUGCCUGUUUCUAGUGGCCCUCUGUGAGGCGGCACCAACCUCAAGUGCGAGGCCAUUUCUGAGGCUUACGGAAUGGGGGCUCAGGGCGGUCCAAACAGGCUUGCAUGAUCUCAUGCCAUGUUUGCGCUGUCAAGAAAUCUUUCAUACUUCAUGCUGCAAAGGUAUUCCUACCUCGUGGGCAUUGUUCUCCAUGCUAUCCAUGCCUUCGUUCCUGCCCCUGCACGGUAUCCGGAUCUAUGGACGAUGCUAA